CGGGGCGUACCUGGGGGCGUGGCCAUCACCGAGGUUAUAAAAGGGAGGCGGACACCGCUCCUCCCCUCAGUCAAGAUGGCGGCGCUUAGGGCGGCGGGGGCGGCGCUGCUGCGGCCCCGGGCCGGGCCGGCCCCGGCCGCGCUGGGCUACCACAAGAAGGUGGUGGAUCACUACGAGAACCCGCGCAACGUCGGCUCCCUCGACCGCAAUGCCAAGAACGUGGGCACCGGCCUGGUGGGCGCCCCGGCCUGCGGCGACGUCAUGAAGCUGCAGGUGGAAGUGGAUGAGAACGGCAAGAUCGUGGACGCCCGUUUCAAAACCUUCGGCUGCGGCUCGGCCAUCGCCUCCAGCUCGCUGGCCACGGAGUGGGUCAAAGGGAAAACGGUUGAUGAAGCGCUGAAAAUCAAGAACACAGACAUUGCCAAGGAACUCUGCCUUCCCCCUGUCAAACUGCACUGCUCCAUGCUGGCUGAAGACGCCAUCAAGGCUGCCUUGGCCGAUUACAAACUGAAGCAGGACUCAAAGAAAGAACCCGACAAAAAAGCCGACAACGCCUGACCUGCCUGCGCAGCCUCCCCUCCUCACUCUGCAGUGCAAUUCCCGAGCUGUUGUAGGACCCUGUGCACUACUCAAGCUGUAAGAUACGCACAAGUUACGCACAACGUGUCCCUGUGGUGUCCAGCCACCCCGUAGUGCUCACGUGGACGAUGGGGGCUGCUGUCCCCUCGGGAAUGCCGCGGGAAGACUCCGCUCCGGAGACCAAACCCCGCUGUCCGGUACUGCAAGGGCUGCACUUUCCUUUUUAUUUUGGGAAGAUGUCUAGUUUUGCCUAAUAUUUUAUGGAAUUUAGUGGGAA